CUUCCUCCAUCGAUUCUGCAUAAAAUUCUGUGCUUUUGCUGUUAAAAUAACAUAUAAUCUACAUAAAACUUACCCAUUUGUCUUGGUUUUUCUUGGGUUCAGUUCUUUUUUUCAUAAGUGAUGCUGAAUUGACCACAAAAAGUAUAAAAAAGUUGCGGACUUUGUGAAUGGAAGAGAGCAAACGCAGCCAGUUCAGGAGGAUUUGUGUGUUCUGUGGAAGCAACUCUGGCCGCAGGAAAGUGUUUAGUGACGCUGCUCUGGAGUUGGGCAAUGAACUGGUGAAAAGGAAGAUAGAUUUGGUGUAUGGCGGGGGAAGUGUCGGGUUGAUGGGUUUGAUAUCGCAGACGGUGUAUGAUGGAGGUUGCCAUGUUCUUGGGGUCAUUCCGAAAGCUCUCAUGCCGCUUGAGAUAUCUGGUCCAUCCGUUGGAGAAGUAAGAACAGUUACAGACAUGCAUGAACGCAAAGCUUUGAUGGCUCAAGAGGCUGAUGCCUUCAUUGCUCUUCCUGGAGGAUACGGAACUAUGGAAGAGCUGUUGGAGAUAAUAACAUGGGCGCAACUUGGGAUUCAUAGGAAGCCGGUUGGUUUGCUUAAUGUAGAUGGGUACUAUAAUGCCUUGCUUGCGCUAUUUGACAAUGGUGUCGAAGAAGGAUUCAUCAAGCCAGGUGCUCGGCAUAUAGUUCUCUCUGCUCCAACAGCCAAAGAACUUGUUGAGAAGAUGGAGCAAUACACUCCUUCCCAUGAACAUAUUGCUUCUCAUGAAAGCUGGCAAAUGAAACAACUUGGUAAACGCGGAGCCAUGAAAGCGCAAGGUGCAACUGUUAUUGACGAUAAUUCUUUCACCUAGAUUAAUUCCUGCUGUGAUUCAUCAAUACUUGAGUUGUGUGGAAGAAAUCAUUUCUAUGAGGCCAUGGACCUCUCCAUUCCAUUUACUUUUUCGUAGUGCUAGUUCGAUUUCAAGUGAAUUCAUCCAGAGUCUUUCGUUGCAUACUUUCGUUCUUGGUCGAUUGAAAUGGAAGGAAAUUAUUUACAGUUCCAAAUA